UCUGUCAUCUUCAUGAAUGACUCCACUGUAACUGAGUUCAUCUUCCAUGGUAUCUCCUGCUCCCAUACCAUCUGGAUCCUUCUCUUCAUCCUGAUCAUGGUCUGCUAUGCCACCAUUUUGUGUGGCAACCUUCUCAUCAUGGUAACCGUGAACACAGAGCCCCGCCUCCAUCGAUCCCCCAUGUACUUCUUCCUGGCCAGUUUGUCCAUCAUUGAUGCUGCCCUAGGGUGCUUGGCUAUCCCUAAGAUGAUGGCUGACCUUGUGACCUGUGGCAGGACCAUUUCAUUUGGGGGCUGCAUGGCCCAGUUCUUCUUUCUCCACUUUUUGGGUGGUUCAGAAAUGUUGCUCCUCACACUCAUGGCUUACGAUCGCUACGUGGCCAUCUGCCAACCGCUGACUUACAUGGCCACAAUGAACCGCCCACGCUGUGUCAGGUUACUCGCUCUGUGCUGGGUUGGAGGCUUCAUUCAUUCAUCGACCCAGUUGGUUCUGAUCCUCCGGCUUCCAUUUUGUGGCCCAAACGAGCUGGACAGUUUUAACUGUGAUGUUCCGCAGCUGGUCAGACUCGCUUGUGCUGAUGCCUAUGUUACAGAACUCCUCAUGGUGGCCAACAGUGGUCUGCUCUCCCUGGUCUCCUUCCUCAUCUUGCUAGUCUCCUAUGGUGUAAUCAUCGCAACUCUUAAGGGCCAUUUCAAGGAAAGGGGAGGGAAGGCCCUGUCCACCUGCAGCUCUCACUUGAUGGUGGUCAGCCUAUUUUUUGUCCCCUGCCUCUUUGUGUAUCUCAUACCAUUCUCCAGCUCCAGGGUGGACAAGAUGGCUUCCAUAUUCUACACAGUCAUCACACCUGCCCUCAAUCCAAUCAUAUAUACUCUAAGGAAUCAUGAAAUGAAGGAGGCUAUGGGGCGGUUGAAGAACAAGUGGAUUUUCUCCUGUCUUUGUGUGAAGGGAGAACAAAAGGGAUGA